AUGGCUAAAUCUCGCAGAGGCCUUAAAAUAUGUUGUGGUGUCACUGCACUUAUCAUCAUCAUUCUUAUAGUGGUGGCCAUUAUCCUGUUUUUCACAGUCUUUAAGCCAAAACAGCCAGAAGUUUCCUUGCGAUCUGUUAAUCUUCAAAACAUUAAAUUCUUCCCACUUCCGUUUCUUCUAAACGUGACGUUGGGAAUAACUGUACUAGUUGACAACCCAAACUAUGGAAGUUUCAAGUAUAAAGAUAGCACAACUUAUGUCACUUAUCAUGGAACAGAGAUCGCUGAAGCGCCCAUACAACAUGAUAUGGUUCCUGCUCGUGGAACACACGACAUAAGCACCAUUGUGGUGGUAGAAGGUGAAAAAAUGAUCUUGAAUCCUUCUUUUCCUGCUGAUUCUAAAGCUGGGGUUUUUAAUUUUACGACAUCAACAACCUUGCAUGGUAAAGCAACAGCACUGAAAAUAUUGAAGAUUAAGUGUCCCAACAGCAGACAAAAGUCUGAGGUUGACCUUCGAGAUACUGGACAGUUGGCCCAAUCAUUGAUUGAAUAUGCUUGUAAAGAGGCUGCAGAAGAUAUGGCAAGGAGGAUGCCCUGGCCAGGACUACCAACUAGGUACCUCAACAUGCGUUUAGCUGCUUACAUAUGUGCACUUGUUGGUGCAUAUACGGACGACUUAGGUGCAUUCGAUUGA